CUUUUAGUUAGUAAAGCCGGCCCAGUCGUGUUGUAUCCCGGCGGUAAGUCAGCUGUGUAACCGGGAGCUUGUACUUGACUUGAAAGCACAAACCGAAGCUAAGGAAGAGCACGUUGCCUGGCUGGCUCUCUUUGACAGCAGUGUAUUGUUAGUCAGGAUGCCAUGCCAUAAUCAGCAGUUGAACAAUGUGAGCAGCGGCCAGGAGCACCACAUGAAGCAGGUCCGGUUUGCAAGCAGCAGCAGCAGCAGCAGCACUAGCAGCAGCAAUGUCCCUGCCGUGGUCUCCUCUGAGGCAGGAGAUGUCAGCCUGCAGCCUGUAAACCAGCAUGCUUUGGGACCUCAGCUUAAACUGCUUCCUCUGAAUGACCAGAUUCGUGAAUUACAGACUAUAAUCAGAGAUAAGACGACCAGCAGAGGAGAUUUUGUGUUUUGCGCUGACCGACUGAUCAGACUAGUGGUGGAAGAGGGUUUAAACCAGCUCCCAUACUCAGAGUGCACUGUGACCACACCAACAGGGUACAAGUAUGAAGGUGUCAAGUUUGAAAGAGGCAACUGUGGAGUCAGCAUUAUGAGGAGUGGUGAGGCCAUGGAGCAAGGCCUCAGGGACUGCUGCCGGUCCAUCCGCAUCGGCAAGAUCCUCAUCCAGAGCGACGAGGAGACACAGAAAGCCAAAGUCUACUAUGCCAAGUUUCCCCCAGAUGUGUACCGGAGGAAAGUGCUGCUCAUGUACCCGAUUCUCAGUACGGGGAACACGGUGAUCGAGGCAGUGAGGGUGCUGAUAGAGCACGGCGUCCAGCCUAGACAUAUUAUCCUCCUCAGCCUCUUCUCCACACCUCACGGAGCCAAAUCUAUCAUUCAGGAGUUCCCUGACAUCACCAUCUUGACCACAGAGGUGCACCCAGUGGCUCCCACACAUUUUGGACAGAGGUACUUUGGCACAGACUGAAUCAAGGACAGCAUGAGCAACGUGAUAUGCAAUCUGUAUGAGUGUAUUUAGCCACCUUUAUUUAAAUGUAUCUCAUGUUGUCUUUGUUGUGCCAAAUGCUGCAGUUUGAUCUCCAAAGGCUUCUAAACUGACACAAAAUUAAUCUGACGGACUCUUUGUAUAAGGGGGUUUUGUGUGUGAAACUUGCGCUAUAGAAACAAAAUGAUGCAGAACCAUAGAUACAUUUAACUUUGACAAUUUUAUUUAGCAGGUUAUGUUUACUGAUGGAUCAAUAAAGAAUUUUUUAUGUUAAUGGACAGAACAGUGAAACAUUGUCAGUAUUUUUGAUGGUCAAGAGGUAUUGAAAAAAGGAAGCUCCAUAAUCACAUACUGACAAGAGGGAUCAUAAUGUGCUCCAGUAAUACUGUGUUCCUUUCUGCAAAAGUCUCAUGUACAGUCCACUGUGAGUGAUUUGUCCUUUCCCCAAGGUAAAUAAACAUCUGAAUGUUUGAUAAA